CUGACAUCUGACUGAGAAGAAACACAUUACUGAACAUGGUAGCCGCUGACGUCAUCUCCAAUCAGAAUGUGGUGGAGAGGGUGACCAGCCUCCCCCUGGUCAGCUCCACCUACGGCCUGGUGUCCAGCAUGUACUGCAGCACCAAAGACACCCACCCGUACAUCAGGAGUGUGUGUGAGGCAGCGGAGCACGGGGUCCGCACCAUCACCUCUGUGGCCCUCACCACUGCCUCGCCCAUCAUGGACAAGCUGGAACCUCAGAUUGCCAUUGCCAACGACCUGGCCUGUAAAGGUCUGGACAAGAUUGAGAAAACCUUGCCGAUUCUUCACCAUCCCUCCGACCAGAUCGUCUCCAGUGCCAAGGACGUGGUAAACACGGCUAAAGACGUUGUGACAGGCACCGUGUUCAGUGCCAAGGACACUGUGACCAGCGUUGUGGAAAAGACCCGAGGCGUGGUGCAAGAUGGGGUGGAGAAGACCAGGACAGUAGUGACUGGGAGUGUCAGCACAGUGCUGGAGAGCAGGGUGGUCCGGCUGGUCAGCAGUGGAGUGGACACAGCUCUCAGUACGUCUGAGAGCCUGGUGGAGCAGUACCUGCCUCUGAGGGAGGAGGAGCUGGAGCUGGAGGCAAGGACCGUGAAAGGAUUCGAUAAGGGGGAGCUGAGCUACUAUGUUCGACUGGGCUCCCUUUCCACCAAGCUGAGGAAGCGAGCGUACACCAGCGCUGUGGCCAAAAUCCAAGACAGCAAGCAACGCAGCAUGGAUUUCAUCUCGCAGAUAAACUCCACAGUUGACAUGGUGAUUCUUCCCCUUAAAUUAAACAUUACACCCAGUCACUGGCUUAAAUGUUGUGGCUCUGUGGUGAAUAUCUGAAACUGGUUUUAACAUGAAUGAUUUCAAUACUUGUAUAUUUCAGUCACUAACUUUCCACAUCUUCAGAGCCUGAGUCAGAAAAGCACAGAUCUGCCACUUUUGUACAAGCAGUUACCAGUUUAAUUUUUAUUUUCUUUGGGAUAAGCUGACAAAUCAGAGAACCUGUUUCAAUGUCAAAA